AUGAAGGGCAUGGGGUUCCAAUAUACCAAACGAGGAGAAAAUAGACAUUUGUUCAGAGAAGAGAAGACUAUGGUCAAUCACAGAUGUGCCUACCUGAGACAGAUACGUGAGUACAGAGAACUGGGCUUUGACAUUGUGUAUACUGAUGAAACACCAAGGUCUGACGCCACUGACGGCAUCUCGGGAGAGAAGGCUGUGCUUCAGUAUGAUUGGCUGACAGAGGACCUCGUUGACCUUUACCACACUGAGGUACCCCCAGUCUUCAGGGGACGGGGUGUCGGCAAACUCUUGGCGAAGGCUGCCUUGGAACACUUCACAGAGAAAAAGAUCAGGAUGUCACCAACAUGCACUUUCAUCCAGAAGUAUGUCAAUGACAACCCAAGUCCAUCAUAUUCAUCGUUGAUUGUGUCAGACAUUCCUCGGCCAGGUCUAUAGGGACCAUCUGUGGGGAGGUCUCCAGGUCCGGGAUGUAAGCAGCCAACCCUAGUCAGUUCUCUCGGGACAUUACUUACUCCACUAGCAGUACUUGACGGACGUUCCUAAUCCUAUAACCUACAUAUUCAUUGGAUCACGCAUUUAAUUCAAUGAUUUGUGAAAGGUUUGACAUUUUAAUGAAUGCAAAGAUUCUGUGUGACACCUAACUACAGUCAAAUACUAACAAUCAAUUGUCAAUACCUGUGCCAGGGGUUUUCCCAUAAGACAGACCUCCCAAAAGACAAACCGCUUAUAACAACACAUUUUAUAGUUGGUUGCAUAAGGCCUUAUAAGCUGUACCCUUGAUAAUAAUGGUAUGUGCCCAGAUAAAAAAGACAACAUUAGUUAUUAACUAUAGUUUUAUCAAUUCAUGUAAUGAAUUACGAUUUUUAA